AUGGGAGAAGCUCAAAAGGGCUUACUCUCUGUCAUUGAGAAGCUGAAGGGAUCCACUGAGCGGGAGGUCAGGAUAGUGCUCCUGGGCCUGGACAACGCCGGCAAGACCACCCUGCUGAAGAGUCUGGCCUCUGAGGACGUGAACACCAUCACACCAACGCAGGGCUUCAACAUAAAGAGCGUCGCCUCUCAUGGGAUGAAACUCAACGUUUGGGACAUCGGAGGACAGAGGAAGAUCAGGCCCUUCUGGAAAAAGUAUCUGGAAAACACAGACCUGUUGAUUUAUGUUAUUGACAGUGCAGACAAGAAGCGGUUUGAAGAGACGGGCCUGGAGCUGUCUGAGCUCACUGAGGACGAGAAUCUAAAGGGCGUUCCAGUGCUCAUCUUUGCCAACAAGCAGGAUUUGGCCACAGCGUCGCCGGCCAGCGAGAUUGCCGAGGGCCUGAACCUGCACACGUACCGGGACCGCGAGUGGCAGAUCCAGGCCUGCUCUGCUGUGGACGGGGAGGGAGUUCAGGAUGGCAUGAACUGGAUUUGCAACAACAUCCUGAACAGGAAGAAGUGA